AUGACGUCGCGGGGGCCUGGCCGGGCGUCGCGGACCCCGGAGAUGGAGGAAAAGGAGUUGUUACGGCAGCAGAUCCGCCUCCUGCAGGGUUUGAUUGAUGACUACAAAAACCUCCAUGGCAAUGCCCCUGCCCCAAGCACCUCAGCCACUUCCCGGUGGCAGCCACCAGCCUACAACAGCAGCAGAGCCUUCAGUGCUCGCUAUCCUCGUGCAAGCUGGAGGGGCUUCGCCCCGAGCCAUGGGCCUGCAUGGCGCAAGAAGUACUCUCUUGUGAAUCGGCCCCCAGGAUCCUUGGACCCUCCCGGCGACUGUGCUGCACAGCAGACCCUCGGGGCUGGAGGCAGCCAGGAUCCCAACCCCCAGCAGUAUGUCUUAGAGAGGCAGGUUCAGCUCAGUCCAGAUCAGAGCAUGGUCAUCAAGAUCAAGCCACCCUCAAAGCCUGGCUUGGCCAGCAAUGCAGGGGUCUCUCGGGGCUCCUUGGAAGAAUAUGAGAACCCGCCUUGGAAUGAUCACAGGCCUCAGGAAGGUCAGGGUGAGACCCCUGGCAGGCAGCGGCAGCCCUCGAAGCCAGGAAGGGCCAAGGGGACCUGUACCACAGAGGACUCCCAUCUGGUCUGCCAGAAAGAGGCUGGCAAGCCCCGGGUGGUCAAAUCUGUGAGCAGCUUGAGUGACAGCCUGUCAGAGUCCCGGCGGACGGUCAGUGAGAGCGCCAUUUCUGUUAAGGCACGCUUCUUGUCUUCCACCCUGUCCCAGCGCAGUGGCAUGGGCCUGGCUGGGAAGGCGGGCUCACACCCUGUGGCCAGCUGUGCUGCCCAGCUCUGUGGUGAUGGGAGAGCAGAUGCUGGCCACUCAGAUCAGCCAGCUCCCUCUGGCUCCAUGGCAGGGUCCCCUAGGCCAGCUUCCGGACCCAGGCAGGCCCAGGAGGCCUCAUUGCUUGUGUCCUGUCGAACCAACAAGUUCCGGAAAAACAACUACAAAUGGGUGGCUGCUUCGACAAAGAGUCCUCGGGCCCCUCGGAGGGCCCUCAGUCCCAGAGCAGCUGCGGAGAAUGUGUGUGCCACAGAGCGAGUGGAGAAGCUGCAACCAAGAGCUGACCCAGAUGCCAAGCCCAAGAAGUCGAUCAUGUCCUCCACACCGAGGGCCACUGCCAGCAAGUACAAGUGGAAGGCCUCCAGCCCCUCGGCCUCCUCCUCUUCCUCCUUCCGUUGGCAGUCAGAGGCUGGCAGCAAGGACCAUGCCUCCCAGCUCUCUCCAGUCCCAUCUAGGUCCCCCCCGGGGGACAGACCAGCAGGGGGACCCAGUGGCUUGAAGCCCCUCUUCUGUGAGACCCCAGGCCUCUCUGCUUACAAAGUGAAGAGCCGAACCAAGAUCAUCAAGAGGCGGGGGAGUGCUAACCUUCCUGGAGACAAGAAGAGCAGUCCCCCCACACCUGCCACUGCUAAGAGCCAGUUCAGCCUGCGGAGGAGGCAGGCCCUCCGGGGGAAGAGCAGUCCCGUUCAGAAGAAGACCCCCACCAAGGGCCUGAUGCAGGUCACCAGGCACCGGCUAUGCUGCCUGCCUCCCAGCCGGGCCCAGCCUCCCCCCAAGGAAGCAUCCAACCUGAACACCCUGCGGUCCCCUCCCACCAGCAAAGUGAUCAAGACCCGAUACCGCAUUGUCAAGAAGACCCAGGCCUCACCUUUCAACGCAGCUCCCUGUCCCCUGCCCCAGUCUUCCUGGCGGACUCGUCGGCGCUCUCUGUCCAGGUCCCUGGUGCUGAAUCGCCUGCGCCCUACUCGAGGGGGUGGAAGAGCCCAGCCUGGCUCCCCUCGGUGGCGGGACAGAGGCUAUCGCUGCAUCGGAGGGGUGCUCUACAGGGUGUCGGCCAACAAGCUCUCCAAGACCUACGGCCGGCCCAGUGGUGAGGGGAGCAGGCCCCUCCUGCGUGCAGGUCGACUGGACCCUGCUGGCAGCUGCAGCCGCUCCCUGGCCAGCCGGGCCGUGCAGAGAAGCCUGGCCAUCGUGCGGCAGGCCCGGCAGCGGCGGCGCAGAGCGGAGCCGGAGUACUGCAUGUACUACAACCGCUUCGGCAGGUGCAACCGCGGCCAGCACUGCCCCUACAUCCACGACCCUGAGAAGGUGGCCGUGUGCACCAGGUUUGUCCGGGGCACGUGCAAGAAGACAGACGGGACCUGCCCCUUCUCCCAUCAGGUCUCCAAGGAGAAGAUGCCCGUGUGCUCCUACUUCCUGAAGGGCGUCUGCAGCAACAGCAGCUGCCCCUACAGCCACGUCUACGUGUCCCGGAAGGCGGAGGUCUGCGCCGACUUCCUCAAAGGCUACUGCCCGCUGGGCGCAAAGUGCAAGAAGAAGCACACGCUGCUGUGCCCCGACUUCGCCCGCAGGGGCUCCUGCCCCCGGGGCACCCAGUGCCAGCUGCUCCACCGCAACCAGAAGCGCCUCGGCCGCCGGGCAGCUGCACCCCCAGCCCUGGAGCCCAGCGACGUGCCCCCCAGGUGCAGGGCCUCCACCGGGCACGGGCCCAGGAAGUCCUCUGCUGCCCAGCGCCCCACCAGACCGGCAGCUGGCCUGGCCUCUCCUCUCUCCUCCGCAAGGGCCCUAGCUGCAGGCGCAGCUGGUCCCUUGUCGUCGAAGGCCCCCUCCUCCCCUUCCUCCCCUUCUGCCCCUUCCCCCACCUCCCCCUGUCUGUCCGUAGACCAGGAGGAGCCGUCUGUCCAGGAGGAGGCUGCCUCGGCAGCGACGGGCUCCAGCAGCCUGUCCAGGCUGCCUUCCUUCAUCUCCCUGCGGUCCUCCCCGAGCCCAGGCCAGCCCAGGGCCCAGGCCCCCCGGAGUCCCCCGGCCAAGGACUCAGGGAAACCUCUGCACAUCAAACCCCGUCUGUGAGGGCCCAGGGUGCCAGCCCACACCUACCUCAGCCCCUCAGUCCUGGACAGGAAGGAGGCUCCGCCUGCUACCGCCCCAGAGGUGGGGUCACGCAGCUGUCACCCUGCCCACCGGCCCUCAGCCUUCCCUGACCAGUGCGAGCCCGAGCCCGGGGCCUCCCUCUCCCUCGGGCUGGUCUCUGCCGGGCCCUCAGCCCGGCCCUCAGCCCUGUCACCUCCCAUCUCUGGGUCUUCAGCCCCACCCAGGACACGCCCCCGCGUCCUGCCCUGAGGGAUGCCAGGCAGGGCCCACCCACAGGCCCAUUCCCACUGUGGGUGGGGCUGUGGUAGUGCGCCCCCAGCCCUCCCCUGGGACGCCUGCCUGGGGAAGAGGCUGCCAGCCAGGCCUCCCUGGCAGGUAUUUUACGU